AUGGCAGCUUCUUUAUCACGGGCAUUGCCAAAACCAAAAUAUACAGGUGACGAAGAGGAUAUUCCACAACAUGCGCAACAGAGAGGCCCUCGAAUCCUAGGCGCAGGCGCUUUGGAUGAUACCCAAAUUGUGUUAAAGAAAACCGGACCUCCACCAUAUGGUAAUCGAACAGGAUGGCGGCCACGAGGACAAGAAGACUUUGGAGAUGGAGGUGCUUUCCCAGAAAUUCCAGUCGCACAGUAUCCUUUAGACAUGGGAUGCAAAUCUACUUCAUCGAAUAAUGCGCUGGCCCUUCAAGUCGACGGCGAGGGGAAAGUCAAGUACGACGCUAUAGCACGGCAAGGCCAUAAUGAUAAACGAAUAGUACACGCCUCUUUCAAGGACCUUAUACCUCUUCGACAGCGAGCUGAUGCCGGCGACAUUAAUUUAGAUAGACCAAGUGAAGAAGAGGUUGCGGCUUCUACCGAGCGAACGAAGAAUGCCUUGGCAACUCUGGUCAGCGGUGCGGUAGCUGCACAAAAACCUAAGAACGUAAAUGUCGGAGCAAGAAAGGACCCUACUUAUGUCAGAUAUACCCCGGCGAAUCAGAUGGGGGAUAACUCGAGGAAAAAUGAUCGAAUCAUGAAGAUUGUGGAAAGACAGCAGGACCCUAUGGAGCCUCCCAAAUUCAAGCAUAAGAAGAUUCCCCGUGGUCCUCCAAGCCCUCCGGCUCCGGUCAUGCAUUCGCCUCCACGAAAAUUGACUGCAGAGGAUCAAGAAGCUUGGAAAAUUCCACCUCCUGUAUCGAACUGGAAGAAUCCUAAGGGUUACACGGUUCCACUUGACAAAAGAUUGGCUGCAGAUGGACGAGGAUUACAGGACGUUACUAUUAAUGAUAAAUUCGCACAGUUUGCAGAAGCUCUCUUCACGGCAGAUAGGCACGCACGAGAAGAAGUCAAGCAGAGAGCAUUAAUGCAACAAAGGCUAGCAGAGAAAGAGAAGGCACAAAAAGAAGAUCAUCUUCGUAUGUUAGCACAGAAGGCACGAGAAGAGAGGGCUGGAGCCGGCGCUGGCUCCCGAAGGCGAGACUCGAGAUCGUCAAGAUCACGUUCUGGAAGCUAUAGUGAAUCCGAGUCUGAUCGAUCCAACAGCGACGAUGAAGAAUUCAGAGAGCGAGAAAAGAUGCGCCAAGAGAAACGAAGGGAUGAAGAACGAAAAUUACGACAGUCGCGCAUGGGCACAGAGAGGAGGAUUCAAAUGAUGGCGCGAGAGCAGAAUCGAGAUAUCUCAGAAAAGGUCGCUUUAGGCUUAGCAAAACCUACGCAAUCAACCGAAACUAUGUUUGAUUCCAGAUUGUUCAACCGGACAAGUGGGUUUGAUAGUGGAUUCAACGAGGAUCAAGCCUAUGAUAAACCUCUUUUUGCGGCCCAAGAUGCUAUUAGUAGCAUUUAUCGACCACGGCAAAAUAUGGAUGACGAUGAUGAUGAAGCAGCAGCUGAGGGUGAGAUGGCGAAGAUUCAGAAAAGUAACAGGUUUGCGGAUGCCCUUGGAAAGGGAACCUUUCAAGGUGCAGCAGAUGUUGAGGCGAGGGAGGGACCGGUGCAGUUUGAAAAGGAUGCUGGCGAUGUUUUCAAUGUCGACGAUUUUCUGAGCAAGGUCGGUGAAAGUUCUAAUAAAAGAGAGUAUGGGUUACAGGAAGGCGAGGGAAGGUCCAACAAACGGGCAAGAGUGGAUGAGGACGAUGAUUAA